AUGGAAGAAAAGACACUUGGAGUUGUGACUCCCAGGAAACCCGUCUUAUCUGUCAGUGCCAGGAAGAUUAAGGACAAUGCAGCUGAUUGGCAUAAUUUAAUCCUGAAAUGGGAAUCCCUCAACGAUGCAGGAUUUGCCACAGCCAGCAGUAUUGCCAAUCUGAAGAUGAGUUUAUUGGAUAAAGACAAGAUAGAAUUAGAGAACAGCAGCCCAGUUUCCGAUAAAAAUGAAGAGAUGUCACACCCAGAGUAUAAUAAGGAGCUCGAGACACUGUGUGAGGAGCUGCAGGCCACCCUGGAUGCUUUGACCAAAAUCCACAUGAAAAUGGAAAAGCUGUCUUCAACCACCAAAGGCGUCUGUGACCUGGAAGAUUACCACCAUGGAGAAGAGAGCCAGCGGCCACCCCUAUUCCACACGUGGCCCACCACCCACUUCUACACGGUUUCCCGCCGGCUCUCGGACUCGUACGGGAAGGAGCUGCUCCUGAAGCGCACCAUCGUGGAGGAGCUGGCGCACUCGGAGGACCAUGACCUCACCCUGAGCUACCUGUCCAUGUGGCUGCAUCAGCCCUACGUGGACAGCUCCAGCCCGCUGCUGCUGGAAGGCAUGCUGCUGGAGACCGGCCACCGAGCGCUGUGA